ACCCGUGUGUCUUCGCCGUGGGGCAGAGGGGCCGUGAGGGGCUUCGCCGUGGGGCAGAGGAGCGGCGGCGAUGUCGGGGCUGAAGGUGAGGGGCGCAGAGGCCCUCGAGGGCUCUUUCGAGCUGCGCGUGGAGGUGGAGGAGGGUCACGCCGUGGGGCAGCCGUGCCCCAUAGCGGAGGGCCGCCCCACGGCCGCCCCACAGACCAUCGCCCUCCGCGUCACCGGUGACCUCCACGUCGGGGGUCUCAUGGUGCUCAUCGCCGAGAAGAUCGGCCCGGCUCGGGACUGGUCGGACCACGCGCUGUGGUGGUGUCAGCGGGGGCGAUGGCUGCUGACGCCCUGGCGCUCCCUCGACGCCGCGGGCGUGGGCGCCGACGCUCGCCUGCUCUUCGCACCCCGACAUCGGCCGCUGCGCCUGCGGCUCCCCAACGGCCGCCGCCUCCGCCUGCGCCUCUGCUUCGCCCGCUCCGUCGCCCACGCCGUCGCCCAGGCCUGCGCCCUGCUCGGUCUCGGCCCCCCUGAGGCGCUGUCUUUCCUUCGCCCUUCGGAGGAGGAGGAGGAGCAGUGGGGGGAGGGGCGGAGGGGCGGCCCUGAGACCGCUCCGGACAUUGACCUGAGCCACAUGUGGCCCCCCCGGCGUGAGGGGCGGGGCUACGGGAGAGGGGCGGGGCUACGGGAGAGGGGAGGGCCCCCCCCGGUCCCCCCUCCCCCCCCACUGCCCCCCGAGGCCGUCCGAGCUCUGCUCGCCCCGUGGGGGGGGGUGCGCCCCACGGCUGCCCCACAGCUGCCCCACAGCGACCCCCUGACCCGCAGCACGCGCCUGCACGCACGGUGGUUGGACUCUUCGCUGUCGCUUUGGGCUCAGAAUGUGGUGGAGGAUUCGGAGCUGCUGCUGCGCUUCAGAUACCCCUUUGAGCUGCAGCUCCACCCGCAGCGGGACGCGCGCCGUCUGUCGCUGCUGUUCGAGCAGAGCCGUCGGGCGCUGCUGAGCCGCGAGAUCCUCUGCUCCCGCCAGGAGGCGCUGCGCUUCGCCGCCAUACAGUACCACAUCGACGAAUUGGGGUUCAGCGCAGAGCCGGAGGGGAGCGACGAUGGGGACGACGUCAACACCGCCCUCAGCAAACUGGAACUGAAACUGGGGGGGCAGCCCGAGCCCCCCGAGGCACUGGAGGAGUCGGAGGUGGUGUUGGAGGAGGAGAUCGAGAUCUCGAGACCCCUCCGCCUUUUCGGGGGGUUCCGCGUUGUGUGGGCGCAGCUGAAAGGGGGGACUCUGUCCUUCGGCCGCAGCCCCCCAACUCCUGGGGAGCCCCUGCAGCACCUCAGCCUCAGCGGCUGCUCAGUGACCCCCGAGGAGAAGAAACUCUGCAUCGAACUCUCGGCGGCGGCGCCCGAAGGGAAGAGAGCAGCGACACUGCGCUGCCGAGACGCCCCCCAGUUCUGGCGGUGGCUCUCGGGGUGCCGUGGGGCGGCACAGGGCCUCUCGCAGUGCCCCACGGCGCAGUCCGCGCCCCAUAGCGCCCGAGCGCCCCCCGACCCACGGCUGCUGCUGCCGCCCCAACACCGGCGCACGAUCAAAGCCAAAGAGUUUGCGGCGCGGGUGCAGUCCCUGCUGCCGCCGCUGGCGGCGCUGUCCGCGGGCGACGCUCGGCUGCGCUUCCUCGAGGCCUGGAGCGCCCUCCCGGGCUGCGGCACCGCCCACUUCCGCGUCAGGUUCCGUGGGUCGCGGCGGGCGGAGCUGUUGGCCGUGGGGCGCCAUUGGCUGCAGCGCAGGGAGCUCAGCGGAGCCCUCACCCGCGAGUGGCGCCUCAGCGCCCUGCGGCACUGGGACAUCAACUGGGACAGCCGGCAGGUGACGCUGGUGCUGGCGGGGGAGGUGGCGGUGGGGCUGCGGCCGCUCUCGGCCUCGUGUCGGGCGCUGCACGAGGCUCUCGGGGGGGCCCUCUGCCUCGGGGGGGGCCACGACCCCCUCCUGCUGCGCCGCCUCCUCGGGGACCCCCCCGAGCCCUGAGGGAAACCCCCCGGAAGCCUCGUGCAAACGGCCCUCGUGCAACGGGUCCUCGUGCAAGGGAUCCUCGUGCGACGGAUCCUCGUGCAAAAGGGAUCCUCGUGCGACGGCUCCGUCGUUAAUGGGAUCGUUAACGGCGUUCACCGUGCACCAAAGCACUCACAUCCACCACUCUGAGCACUCGUGUGUCCCCCUCCACGUGUGAAAUCCUCGUGCGACGGAUCCUCGUGCGAGGGAUCCUCGUGCAAAGGGGAUCCUCGUGCAAUGGGUCCUUUAUUAACGGGAUCGUUAAUGGCAUUCAUUGUGCACCAAAGCACUUAUGUACCCCACUCUGAGCACUUUUGUCCCCCCUCACGUGUGAAAUCCUCGUGCGAGGGAUCCUCGUGCAAUGGAUCCUCGUGCAGGGGAUCCUCGUGCAAGGGAUCCGUCGUUAAUGGGAUCGUUAACGGCAUUCACUGUACCCCAAAGCACUUUGUGUCCCCCCACUCUGAGCACUUUUGUCCCCCCUCACGUGUGAA